CUGUGACCAGCAUCUCCACGCAUCCUCGACUGUUGCUGGUAGCUGUAUUAGUGCGUUAUUGCACUAUAAUUUAGAUAAAAUAUAAAACUUUGCCAAGUUUAACAACAAUACACACGUCUGAUUCUCUUUCCCCUAUCUGUGCUCGCGCAAGAAAAGGCAUCCCUGGGAGAAAUGACUGAAACCGAUGGGAAGAACCAUGCCAAACACCGGAAUGGAGAGGUGCACACUGACUCAGCGACAGUGGAGGAUGUUUUUGACGAUACAUAUAAAGCUAAAGAAGGCCCCAGACCGCCGACGAUAAUUGUGUGGAGAAACGUCAUGUUGAUGACUUUGCUACAUUUAGGAGCUUUGUAUGGAUUAUACUUGAUUCCGUCUGCUUGUGCCUUGACCUUGGCAUGGGCUCUUUUUUGUUUUGUGGUAAGUGCGUUAGGAGUGACGGCCGGAGCACACCGUCUGUGGAGUCACAGGUCCUACAAAGCCACGUUACCACUAAGAAUCUUCCUUGCCUUUGCCAACUCCAUGGCCUUCCAGAAUGACAUCUAUGAGUGGGCACGGGACCAUCGAGUUCACCACAAAUACUCGGAGACGGAUGCAGACCCUCACAACGCUCAGAGGGGCUUCUUCUUUGCUCACAUUGGCUGGCUCCUGGUUCGCAAACACCCCGACGUUAUCGAGAAAGGAAACAAGCUGGAGCUCAGUGACUUAAAGGCUGAUAAAGUUGUGAUGUUUCAAAGAAGACACUACAAGGUCUCUGUGCUGGUCAUAUGUUUCCUCGUGCCUAUGUUGGUGCCCUGGUACCUGUGGGGUGAAUCUCUGUGGGUAGCCUACUUUAUCCCCGCCCUACUGAGGUACACGCUGGUGCUGAACGCCACCUGGCUUGUCAACAGUGCUGCCCACAUGUGGGGAAACCGCCCCUACGAUGCCAACAUCAACCCUCGUGAGAACAAGUUUGUCACCUUCAGUGCCAUUGGUGAAGGAUUUCAUAACUACCAUCACACAUUCCCGUAUGACUAUGCGACAAGCGAGUUUGGCUGGAAACUGAAUCUUACCACCUGUUUCAUUGACCUGAUGUGUUAUCUUGGCCUGGCCAAAGAGCGGAAGAAGGUUUCCCGCGAGCUGGUCCUGGCACGCGUCCAGCGCACUGGAGACGGAAGUCACAGGAGUGGCUAAGAGGGUUCCACCUUCUGGAAAAAAAUAAAAAACUAAAAACAUUAGUUUGCAGAAGAAAAUAAAUCAAAAAGAAAAAAAAAAACCAAACACCAAACCCAACAACAUGUACAGCAUUGUGUGUUUUGGGAGGUUUCUGUGUUGUGUAGCUUCAGAGUAAAAGCUUCACAUGACCCUUUGUGAGAAAGGUUUUUUCCCCCCAAUUAAUUCCCAUUUUUAAAAGGGAACCUGGCUCUCUGUUUAACUUUUGUCCGUGUUCCUCUCAACUGCAGCAGAGGAUAUUUUUUAAGGUGCUUAAGUAGAGGAGCUUUCCAUCACAAGCUCCCAUCUGCCCAAGGACCAGCCUCUGUGACAAAGCUGGAGCACAGAGAUGUUCCUCUGGGGCACCUGUGUGUUUCUUUUUUUUUUUUUUUCCUUUGGAGGAUGUUGAUGGCUUGCUCAACACACUCAAGCUGCAGUUGAGAGCUUUCCUGAAGAAAUUCACCACUCCCAAAGAAGGCACAAAUUACUUUAUUAAACUGAUGUGACACCUUGACAUUCUCUACCUUGAGUCAAAAACGGACACGUUUGUGUCAAUACCUUUUAUAUUAGUAACAACAACAGCAAAAAAAAAAAAUCUAUAAUAACAAAAAAUUGCAUCCUUACUAACACAUAUAUUCUGGUAGAGGGUUCUAAGGGAAAAAGGAAAGAAAAACAUCCAGUAUUGGGAUGGAUAUCUGUUUCCUACAGCAGUGGUUCUCAUUCUGUCCUGCUUUAGUCUCAGCUCAACACUAACACACCUGACUACAGCUCAUCAUCAAACCCUUGGUUGGCUCUGUCUGCAGAAUAAUGAGGGGCUGAAACAAAGAUGUGCAGGUUGGGAAAUCCUAAGGAACAGACUGAGAACCAAUGUUCCUUAGAGUUAUACGUUGUGAUUAUUGAGUUGGGCAUUGUCAGAGUCGUGUUUUCUCAUUUCACUACAGUGAUGACUGUGUCUUUGCUUCCAGCCCUGGAUUAGCAUCAUUUUGCUCAACUCAUCAAAGAUUGGUCAGCUGUUUAGUCAGUGCUAAGCUGUGUUCAUGAUGAAUUUCAAUAAAUCGUUUGUUCUGAGCUUGAGGAGAACUUCUUUAGGAGGUAAAAGAAAGAAACUUCUUUUUGAGAGGGAAUUGGAACAGUCUCAUUAAUGAUGUUAAGCUGUACUGCCCUAACAGGAGAACGCACUACAUGACUGUCCUCUGUCUAGUUGCAAUCAUGGAAACCUUUUGGUCAAACAUUUCUACUCUACUUCUGCAGUAACAGCCUUAAUAGUAUGUUGAAGAGUAAAUCUUGUAGUUUCCACCAAGGGAAAGAAAAGAGCAGAUACUUGAGUGAGGAAGAGUGUAGUAAGCUGUUGUAUAUAUAAAAUAUAUACACACAAAACCUUAUUAUAGAAGGUUUGGGGAUUUAUCAGCCAACCAUGUUGAGAUCAAAUAUUUGUGACUCUCCAGCUUUAUCCAUGCUUUGUGACCGAGCCAGUAGAUACUGUCUGUGUACAUUGGAUCACUGGUUUAAUCAGUGUUAGGUUCGACUGUUGUCCUCAGAUCUUGACUCUACUUAGGGAACUCUUUACUGUUUUGUGCCACUGUGUGAAAACUGCAAGUCUAUGUCAAAUACAUGUAUGAAGUAAUUGAGUUAUGAACAGUUGCCCUGGUUUUACAGCUCCCUUGACAUCAAUGCCUGUUUCCUUUGUCAAAUUUCUCUUUUUUAACUUUGUAUUGAGACAUGAAGAGAACAGAGACACUGUGAAAGUAAACCAUCAGGAAUAUCUGGACUGAAGAUCACUGAUAUUUCUCUCGUGACUCUGAGCCAGGCCUGUCAAUGCUUUCAGACUUCUUUACUGUUUACAAGAGAACAAGUUAGCCAAAAAAUUUGUCAACUAUAAAGCACAAAGGUGGAAAAAUGAUUGAGCAGUACUGACGUAUUGCGAUAUUUUGCCAAGGACGUUGCACUGUACCCAAAUGUGAGCCUAAUGUAUGUUUCAGUUGCCAAAGCUGGAUCUUGAACAGAAUGUUAGGUGUACAGAAACCAGGUUUAGCAAAUACAAAUGUAUCCAUAUUCAGAGAGUCAGGACAGAUCAUAACUGUGGGUGUAAGAACAAUACAGUAUAGAAGCACUGGACCCUGUAUUGAAACUUGCUGGAAUUUGUGACUGUAUUGCUGACCAAAGGGUGGGUGAAGCAUGAGCGUGUACGUAAAGUUUUACAUGAUAUGGUUUCUUAAUUUGUCAUUGCUGGCUUAGUGAUUUUCACACUGAUCUGCAUCAUAGUGUUUUCUUUGCAUCCGUUAAUGCUCAUUUCAAAAUUCCACCCAUGUUUAAAAUUCUGCUGCAUUUUAAAAAAAAUGGUCUGAAAAAUCAUCUCUGUUUUUAUCUUUUUUUUUGUCUUUGGAAAGACACUCAUGUCUUCCUGAAAUGAUGUUUAGUCACAUGAUCUGAAGUAAUUGUAUUUCAUGCAGAGGACACACUGAACUUUGGUUGAAGCCUUUCAUGUGAUUUCAGUUUCUCCAUAGUGCAUGUGCAGACCAAAAAAAAAUCCAACAACAAUAAAAAAGCUUCUUUCUUUUGGG